AUGUCGUCCGCUUCCGCACCAGCUCAGGCAGACGCCUUCAUGAGCUCGGGAGCCUUGACUGACAACAUCUCAGGACUGUCCGCUGCUUUGGCACGAGAGUCGUCGUCUUCUUCUUCUUCUUCUUCUUCGAUACGAGAAUGGACAUGUCCUUGCCUCAACAUUCGACUCUCCCUAGCACCAGGCUCUGCACCAUCCUCAUCUAGCACAGGCAAUCGAUCACCCUGGCUUGCUGAGCUCUCCUCCAACAAUGCGAUUCAGAUCCAGUUCCCCUCGCUCACUUCCCGCGAAACGGUCAGCCUAGCUGAGAACACCAACAUCGCCUGUGCCAAGUGCUUGAACUGCGACACUGUUGUAUACGCUGCGAGCAAGCCCGCCCCACCUGCUCCUGCUCGUGCACUUGGUUUCAACGCUUCACCCUCGAACGCAGCUAAUGGCGCUACCGAAGCUUUGAAAGAAGCAGGAGGUCCAGUCAGUCCCACUUCGACGACGCAAUAUCGUUCACCAUCGCGAGAAUCGGCAUCUAAAGCAGAUAGGAACUUUUCACGCUCUAGCGAACCGCUUGUUCGACCAUUGGACCGCAAGGUCUGGAUGUUUCCAGACGCUUUGAGUCCAGAACAAGCUUCCAACGUUGCAGGCAGCAAUGCCUUCUCACCCGCUUUCAACGUACUGAUUCCUCGAGGCAGCGCAGGACCGCGCGAAGAAGUAUCUCGUGAUAGGUCCACUGAACCUGCUUAUGACAAUAUUCGUGAUGCGACUCCUACACGGCCCAGUGCUGGGAUAGGCAACCGCCGCUCGAGCUAUGCUUCCAACACCAGCAACCUCACCUACGUCCUGCCCCCCGUUCCACAGCAUCUUAUCACUUCUCCUCCCAGCUCUCCUCGUGUCGGCGCACCACCUUUUUACACAUCUGCCGCCCCACUAUCUCCUGGCAUUACUGCAUCGCCGGCACCUGUAUCAAACACGUCUUCGUCCAAUCCUAUCUUUCCUACCAACCCUCUAACAUCUCAGCUCGACUCGGUGGCUAUCGAGAGGCUCAAAGACAUGCGCUCCAAGGCCGAAGCGGAGGUGUUUGAGCUUGUUCGUCAAAAGCGACGCGAGAUGGAGCUGCUCGAGAAGCGUUUCAGGGAAGAGGCAGAAUCACUUCUAGCUGUGACUAAGGCGCCCAAGCAGAACAAGAGCAGCGCCACUAAGGGGUCCACUGCAUCGUUGAUCGAGAAGGCACUCAAGGAGCAGCACGACCAGCAGCAACAAUCAUCUGCGGCACAGCAAGCAGUCAGCCUUGCCAGUGUGAGGCAGAACGCAACGACUCCCACGCCACAGACUACCGCAUCUGCCACGAGAGGUCGACCGGCUGGCUCAGCUGCACCUCGCGAGAUCGCGACAGCUCAAAGCAGUGUCCCGAGCAGCGGACGCCGCGACAGCCUCCAUGACGAGUACUCAGACCUGCCACCUUCCGCUUUCGAACGACGUCCAACGUACGCCCCUUCUACCGGCAACGGCAACGCUUCAAAAUCCAACGGCGGGGCUCAGCCUAACGUGGCUUCAUCCCUUGGUGGACUGAGUGCCUCUUUUGCUAUGCGAGGACGCGAAUUGCCCACGCAGAUGCAGGACUGGGCGGGAAAGCGUCGAUUGCGGGAGCGAUAUCCAGAGGGCGACCAUUCGGCUCUGCCCUCUGCCGCCAACUCCAAUGCCACCUCUGCUGUCAACUCGAUCGCCGAUUCAGAGGAGGGUGUUUGGCUUGCACAGGCUGGCGCUGCACAAGGAGCUCAAGAAGGGUUCAGGACUAGGGAAAGCAGCACCAAUGCAGAGGUUGAGGCUGAGAUGGAUAACAGAGGUCGGGGACGUCAGCCUUCGCGUCAACGUGGUGGGUCUUCGUCGCGAGAGCUUCGAGAGCCUCGCGUCGCCCCAACUGAGCAGCAAAAACCACAGCAGCAACAGCAGUUCGCCGAGCCAGCCAGAUCGGCUCAGAACGAGAUCCGCGAGGAAGGUCGUCGUGGCCGCACUGGGAAAUUUAGCAUCUUCAACCCGGCAUCUGCAUUGUCUUCUUCCUUACUCACCAAGCGACCUGCGCUCGCUUACAUCGAUGACGGCCGAGACGCGGACGAAAAUACGCCGUCUGUGGGCGGCAAACUCAUCUCGCCUCAUUCUGUCGCUGAGCCUUCUGCUCAAGUGACGCUUCGACCUCGGGACCCACCACCUUCCAAUGCCGAACCUCUAAAGCCAGCCACGCGUAGCACUGCAGCUAGUGGUGAGAACAGCAAGUCUAGUGGUUGUGGUCGCUCAUCCGCCGCUCCGUCGGAUCCUUCCACUUCUGGUAAGGGCCGUGGUCAGGACAGCCCAAGCUCUCGCAAAGCUGACAAGAAAGUUGCUUUUGCCGAGACCGAAGAUCGCGUUGAUCACAAUGUUGCAUCAGACGAGUACGAUGAGGAUGGCGAAGACGAUGACGUUGACGCUUCGGCUCAGCGGAUGAAUGAUGGACCUAGGUCGACUCGCAUCUCUGGUGCAAACCUUGUUCUGGUGGACGAGGCUGCUGAUGCUGUCUUUGAGAUCGACGAGGAGACAGAGGAUGCUGAUGCGGAAGAAGACGGGAACGCGGAUGAGUCUCAGGCUUCUCCCGAAGAUCACGAUCGACACAAGGUGGAGAUGUCUCAGUCUGGUUUGAGGACGGGUGCUUCUGGUCGACCUAGAGGCCAGGCAGAUGACACGCUUCCUGGCUUCGAGGACGAGGCUACGGAGCACUCGACCAACCGAUGCGGACCCAGCUCAGGCUCUCUCUCGGACGACUUCCGCAGCUCGUCGAGCGACGAUGAAGAUGCAGUUCCGCCUGGAUUCGGAGCUGCUUCUUUCAGUGCUCUUGCUGCCAAUCAGAGUGCUAUGCACACGCUCGCAUCUUCGUUGGCUCGAGCUCGAGCUGAUGAUGCUGGCUUCGAUCCUGCUUCGCUGAGGAUGGAUGGCCGCGUUGUUGUGCCUCCGCCUUCAGUGUCAAACAGGGACCUCGAUGCGGAAUCGGAGCCAUUCAUUGUUGGGUCGUUGCGCAGCUCUUCUCGUCGUAUGAGCGUUCAGCAUCCCUCCAGUACGUCUGUACAAAGUCGUCAGGCUGCAGAGACAGCGGACAGCGCAUCCGGCCAAAUUGCUGGUAGCAUCUCUGGCAGUGCUCGUCACCAGAGACCCUCGUCUGGCAACCGCAUCAGCGACAUGUCCAAGGAGGAUGCCGACACCGAAGUGCGCCUCUCAGGCCUUCUUGCUCCCAACGCACCUUCGCAUCGCUCGCUUUGGUCACCGAAAGAAGCAAAAGCCCGCCGAGCGGGCAAGUACAAGUACAAGCUUAACGACGAGGACAAUCUAAAAUGGGACCUAUGGAAGCGCAAGGUCGGCUCCGGCGACACCUCCGACAUAGGUCAAAAUGCAGAAGAUGCCAAAGACAAGGAGAAGUCCCGCUCAACACCAAUGGCCGUCGCUCCACCUACGCAGUACAUCGCCGCAGGCAGUGGUAUUGGUCCACGUCCCUUGCGAGAGGCUACCAUGAUCGACCCCGAUUACUCGACUUCCACUACCAACGCGUUCUCUGCGUUUGACAGGCACUCGGCGGCUAGGACAGCGGCUGCGAUUCCUGUCGCUUCAAUAGGUGGAGUCGAGAUUGGAAACAGAACGUGGGGUUAUGGUUCGUUCAAGGAUGACACGAGUGGGUUCGAGACCGAGCCCAAGACCUCGUUGCCGUACAAAGAGAAGAUGAUGGUUCCUUCGCUGAGGAAGGCUUUGAGGAAGAGCAUCUUUGAGCCCGAACCGCAGAAGAAGCUUGCAACGAUUCCUGAUGCUGAAGAUGCUCCGGCUAGUGUUAGUGUUAGUGCUGGUGCUGGUGCUGGUGCGAGUGCGAGUGCUCAGCCAAUGGUUCGGGAGGCAGCUGCGCCGGUGAAGGAGGCGGAUAUGAAGGGUGCGCUGCCUGGAAGUGUCAUCACUCGAGGAUUCCAUAUGCCUGGUUCCGCAGCAGCUGCACCAAGUGCGGGGUCAGAGACUCCCAAAUCAGCUCUUGCACCUGCUGCAACCACCUCUUCAGUACCUGCAAGGGACACUGGUCUAGGCCCUCCUUCCAUCACCACAUUCAACAAGCCAACCGUUACCCGCAGCAGCGAGCACGCUACUCGAGACGCCUCCGUCGGCCCAUCUCUACCCAACUCUGACACAGCUACACCCACCAGCAUUGGCCGACGCUCACCUCGACCGCCCUACGUCACCCCUCCCCCACCCACAUCUGCUACCACCGUCCUCGAAUCCGACCCCGCCCAAGCCCCCAAACCACUCGAAGUGUUUAAGGUACCAGCCGACCCCUCCUUUCAACUCUACGAAGAAGGCGAAGAACCGGAAACAGACGAAGGAUGGGCCAAAGUUCUUAAAUUCAUGCACGUCGUUGAGCAACUCAAAACCAACAAACGCACCGGUUGGCUACAUCAUCGUGUCCCUGCGCCAGAGAGCAUUGCGGAUCAUAUGUACCGUAUGGCCAUUCUCUCUUUGCUUUGCCCUGCCGAGGCGGAUGUCGAUUUGGGGAAAUGUGUUCAGCUUGCCGUUGUACAUGAUCUUGCUGAAGCGGAAGUGGGGGAUCUUACUCCACUCGAUGGGGUCAACAAACAUGAAAAGAUGCGGAGGGAAAAGGAAGCAAUUCAGUACUUUGUUCACGAUUUGCUCGGAUCUUCUGCUGCAGGCUUGCGGAUCGAAGCGCUGUGGGAAGAAUAUGAAGCGAGGGAGAGUAAGGAGAGUAAAUUGGUGAAGGAUUUGGAUCGGUUCGAGUUGGGACUGCAGGCGAUGGAGUAUGAGAAGAGAUGGGGGAUUGAUGAUUUGCAAGGGUUUUGGGAGGGUAGUGUUCUGCAUAUUUCACAUCCUAGGAUUAGGAGGUGGGCGGAGGAGUUGGUGAAGGAGAGAGAGGGGCUGUGGAGGAGUAGAGGAAGAGAGGAGUAUGUUCAGGCUUUACCUGCGAGGGAGGAGGAUGUGUAA